CAGUCAAUGGAUCUUAACGAGGGAACUUCCGAUCAGUAUCAGACGUCGCCAUUGGACGGGAGGAAGGUCACCCACCCGCACCAGAAGUUUCUGGGAGGACUGCAAGUUCUCAUUCUCGCAGCGGAGAUAUUGAAGGAAGAAGAACGUUCCCAAGAGAAGGGAAGACUCCCUCCUCACACCGUCCAACUAGCCCGUGACGAUAACCACGUGCUCUCGCCUUCAACUAAAAAUGGGUCAUCGAAGGCCAAGAAAACACCGCAAAUUGGCAAAAAGCGUGGUAGUCUCGAGAAAAUCGUCCCCUGCAAAACAUGUCCGCGUACCUUCACCAACCCAACCAGUGCUGCCCGCCACACCCUCACCCACCUCACUUCGGACGAGCUGAAGCAGUCCUCACUUUUCCAUGAAAAGUGCCCCCACUGCGAGAAAGUGUUCUUCCAUCGUCGCGACUUUACCUACCACGUGGCUGCGCACGAAGGUCGGAAGAACCACGUCUGUCCCAUCUGCAAUAAGAGAUUCGCCAGAAAGGGAAAUUUAAUCUAUCAUCUCGUCAUCCACUUCAGACGCGAGGAGCGCGCGGCGGUGGCGCGACACGGCUGCUACCUUUGCACCAAGCGUAUCAAAACUCGAGCAGAUCUCAAUCGUCAUGUUGAGUGCCACACGACGGAAAAAGUUGGUGAGAAGUGUACCACUUGUGGGAAAACAUUCUUCUCCAACCUAGGCCUGACCAUUCACCGGUUCACCCAUCUCACCGAAGAGCAAAAGGCCGCCCUCGUCAACCAAGGUUUGGCUAAAGAGUGCUCAUUUUGCCUGAAGAAAUUUCCCAACAAUGGGACUUACCGUGCCGACGUGGUCACCCACAUGGAGGAGAAACGGUUCCUCUGCGACCAGUGUGGUGCCCAGUUUGUUCGCAAUAGUGCCUUAAAAUUGCACAAGCUCCGUCACACUUCGAACUCAAAACCGUUCAGUUGCGACGAAUGUGACCAUACUUUCACUCGAGAACCAAAUCUGGUCAUCCACAAGGAGACGGUUCACCGGGAGCGGAAGGAUAUCAGCUGCUCCCAGUGCGAUAAGAUGUUCAGCACGAAGAGUCGCAUGGUGACGCAUGUGAGCAGUGUCCAUGCCCAAAUCCGCCACCCCUGCCCCCACUGCGGGAAGACGUUCACGCAGAAAGGCAGUCUUGGUACGCAUUUGAAGAAGCUUCAUCCCCCAGAGUAAAGUCGUUUUCCCCCAAACAACGUCACAACAAGGGACGACGUAUUUCCUAUACUUUACAUUUUUAUAUUUUCCCGACUGACGACAAAAUAAUUACUCUUAUUUGAAGGAUAAAAAUUACAUACUGGACUUAUUAUGUUGUAAACAUGGCUCAAUGUUUGUUAUUUUUUUGAUCGUGACGAUUUUCAAAGUGAUUCUGUUUUGUGUAAAGCUCUGCUCGUUUCUCGCUCCCAUUUUUCCAUGCGUCGACACGAAUGCAAGGCUGGAAGAGUGACGACGACAUAUUUCAUCCUUAACGAGAAGAAUGUGGCCAAUUCGUGCAGCAGACGUAAAUCGCACAGGGCUCGUAUUGCGGGUUGCAUAUCGAAACAGACGAAGGGGAACAAAUUAUUAGCGUUACAUAUCUAUUUCGAGGUUUUCAGAAACACAAAUAUUUCCGUUAUUGUUUCAAAAAUCGUAAUUGUUUCAAUACAACGAUAUAUGUGCUUAGAGAAAUUCGAUUUAAAAUCCAUAUUCUGCAAUUCAGAUAUUGCAAAAAUUGUUAUCGUCGUAAUUUUUUCGUACAUGUUUAGUAAAUAUUUGUGUGUAUUGUUUUUGUAAAUGUGUACUAAAUGUGU